GCUGGGCUAGUAAGAAAUGCUGUGCAUCUAUGUUUCCAAGGGGCGGUGAAGCCUGCAUCAGUAGCCGAGGAGGCAGCGGGAGCCGCCGCCGCCGCCGCCGCCGCCGCUGCCGCUGAAGCACAAAGGUGAAAUUCAACGUUGGGUUCUUCGAGGAAUAAAAAGCGUGUUUGCUUGAUGGGGCAUUUACUGUCUUUACAGCAUUUUGUAAAGGACUUUGUACUAUGGAUACAGAAGAAUUCCCUCCCCUACCACCCCCUGAAGUUUUAGAAAACGAAUUAACCGCCAGUGCUACCAAUGAAGAAGAGGAAGAAGGAGAACGGUUUGAUUUCGAUAGUGGAGAUGACAUACCAGAAGCUGACAGACAAACUGUUUUGCCAUCUAUUUCUGAUUCUGGGAAUAAUGUGGAUCAGGAACAGAUGAAUUCUGCAGAAACUGCAGAAAAUGUAACUGGAACUGAGAAAACGCAGAGAGCAGAAGCCAAUUCAGAAGGGGCUGUGCCAAGGGUAAACCCCUACUCUGUCAUAACCAUUUCACUAGUUCAAGAAAAGGAGCUAUCAUCACCAGAGUCAAGUCCACAAGAUGGAAGUAUAAGCCCUAGUCUAUCAGGAGGAUAUUCUGUCCCUGUACCCUGUGGCUAUGCUGUACCAUCAAAUAUACCACUAAUUUUGCCAGCGUACUCAAGUCCUGUUAUUAUACGCAACGUAUCUGUGGAUGAAGAAGCAAAUGUUCAGAUAGUUGCCGAAGACUGUUUUUCAAAUUCCCAGAGCUUUGAGGAUCCACAGAACAGUGAGGAGAAUCAGGAGAAUAAACAUGUCAAUGCCUUAGUCAAAUGGGCUGCCAGUCCUGCCACUGAGUGGAUGGAGAAUGCAGAUGAAGUAAUAUAUGAUGAUGUACCAAGAGAAAAUUCAGACUCUGAGCCAGAGGAGAUGAUUUACGAUGACGUUGAGAAUGGUGAUGAAGGUGGAAAUAGCUCUCUAGACUAUGGAUGGAGUUCUAGUGAGUUUGAAAGCUAUGAAGAACAAAGUGACUCAGAGUGCAAAAAUGGAAUGCCCAGUUCCUUUCUGCGUGGCAACCACAGAAGACAACUUUCUCAUGACCUAACCCGUUUAAAGGAGCACUAUGAAAAAAAGAUGAGAGAUUUGAUGGCAAACACGGUGGGAGCAGUAGAGAUUCAGCAACUAAGGCAAAAACAUGAGCUGAAGAUGCAAAAGCUAAUGAGGGCAGCUAGAGAAGGCACCAAAGAUGGUCUUGAAAAAACUAAAGCUGCGGUGAAGAAAGGUCGAUCAUUCAUCAAAACAAAGUCAUUUAUUGGUCAAGACCACAGAUCAUCUUCUCUGGAAGAAGGACUAUUUAUUGAUGUAGACUGCAUGCACCCAGAGGCAAUCAUGACUCCAAUGCCUGAUGGUUUAUCACAGCAACAGGUUGUGAGAAGAUAUAUUUUAGGUGCUGUUGUUGACAGUGAGAAGAAUUAUGUGGAUGCUCUCAAAAGGAUUCUAGAGCAAUAUGAGAAGCCGCUUUCAGAGAUGGAACCGAAAUUAUUGAGUGAAAGAAAACUAAGGAUGGUCUUCUAUCGGAUUAAAGAAAUUCUUCAGUGCCAUUCGAUGCUCCAAAUAGCUCUGGCCAGUCGUGUCUCUGAGUGGGAUUCUGUUGAAAUGAUUGGAGAUGUUUUUGUAGCAUCAUUUUCUAAAUCCAUGGUACUAGAUGCGUAUAGUGAAUAUGUGAACAAUUUUAGCACAGCAGUAGGGAUUCUUAAGAAGACGUGUGCCACAAAGCCUGCCUUCCUCGAGUUUUUAAAGCUAUGCCAAGAAUCUAGUCCUGAUAGAAUUACACUCUACGGCUUAAUGAUGAAACCCAUACAGCGUUUUCCUCAAUUCAUCCUCUUGCUACAGGAUAUGUUAAAAAACACUAUUAAAGGCCACCCUGACAGACUGCCACUGCAGAUGGCUCUCACAGAGCUGGAGAUGCUGGCAGAGAAACUGAAUGAAAGGAAAAAGGAUGCAGAUCAGCGCUGUGAAAUAAAACAGAUCGCAAAGGCCAUGAAUGAGCGAUAUCUAAACAAGUUACUUAGCAGUGGCAACAGAUACCUCAUACGAACAGAUGAUAUGCUGGAAACUGUUUACAAUGACCGAGGAGAAAUAAUCAAAACCAAAGAACGGCGGCUGUUCAUGUUAAAUGAUGUAUUAAUGUGUGCUACAGUGCAUGUCCGUUCAUCUCAUGAAAGCAGCAGCAUUGUGACUGGCCAAAAGUAUUUACUAAAAUGGAGCGUGCCCCUUGGACAUGUGGAAGUCAUAGAAUACGGGAGUAAUGAUGGUCAAGGCGAGAACUGUAGAUUCCCUCCACAACAUUCCUCUGAGAAUAUUGUUGUUAAUGCCAAACCAAACAAGCUUUAUAUGGGACCAGGACAACUGUACCAUGAUUUACAGAAUCUCUUGCACGAUUUGAAUGUAGUUGGCCAAAUUAGUCAACUGAUAGGCAGCCUAAAAGGACACUACCAGAAUUUAAAUCAGUCAGUGGCACAUGACUGGAGUUCGGGUUUGCAAAAACUUAUAUUGAAAAAAGAAGAUGAAAUCCGAGCUGCAGACCGCUGUCGGAUUCAGCUUCAACUUCCAGGAAAGCCGGACAAAUCUGGACGGCCUACUUUCUUUACAGCAGUAUUCAAUACUUUCACCCCUGCAAUCAAACAGUCUUGGAUCAACAAUUUACAAAUGGCCAAGCUUGCUUUGGUUGAAGAGAACAUGUUGGGUUGGUUCUGCAUUGAAGAUGAUGGGAAUCAGAUAAAAAAGGAGAAGCACCCUCUUCUUGUUAAACACAUGCCUGUGAUGAUGGCCAAACAACAGGAGUUCAAGGUUGAAUGUGCAGCUUAUAAUCCCGAACCUUACUCAUGUGAAGAAAGUGAUCCAGAUUCCCUUUCUAUAGAACAUGGCUUUCUGUGGAUUGGCAGUUGUACUAAUCAAAUGGGCCAAAUUGCCAUUGUGUCAUUUCAAAACUCCAGCCCAAAAGUUAUUGAAUGCUUCAAUGUAGAAUCGCGAAUUCUUUGCAUGGUCUACAUUCCAGAAGUGGAGAAAUGUAAAGGCUUGGAAGUGCCUUCUGAUCUGGAAGAUGUGCCUACUAAACCUCCCAGUGUGCCAACUGUCUGCCUGGGCACAGAAGAAGGAAGUAGCAUCUCCGUUUACAAAAGUAGUCAAGGCUCAAAGAAAGUUCGACUUCAGCACUUCUUUACUCCUGAAAAGUCCACUGUUAUGAGUCUGGCGUACAAAUCCAGCUGUCUGUUUGUUGGCCUUGUCAAUGGCAACAUUGUCAUCUACACCAAAUCAGAAGAUGGAUCCUGGAACUCAGAACCCCAGAAAAUAGUGACAUUGGGUGUUUUGCCAGUGAGAAGUCUUCUUGUCAUGGAAGAAACCAUUUGGGCUGCUUCUGGUGGACAAAUUUUUAUAAUUAGUACUGAGACGCAGGCUGUGGAGUGCCACUUUGAAGCCCACCAAGAGGAAGGGAUGGUGGUUUCCCAAAUGGCUGUGGCAGGAGUUGGAAUUUGGAUUGCCUUCACAUCAGGAUCUACACUUCGCCUUUUCCACACAGAAACCCUUAAGCACCUCCAGGACGUGAAUGUUGCUACACUUGUUCACAAUAUGGUACCAGGACAGCAUCGUGUUUCUGUAACCAGCUUGCUGGCAUGCCAUGGCCUCUUAUUAGUUGGGACAAAUCUAGGGAUUAUAGUAGCACUACCAGUUCCUCGUUUGCAGGGAAUUCCAAAAGUAACUGGAAGGGGAAUGGUCUCUUACCAUGCACAUAAUGGUUCAGUCAAGUUUCUCGCAAUGGCCUCUGUGACAAACAAGCGAAGCAAAAGUAAAUCAAGGCAUGGCCUGGGUCAGUCUCACUCGGCAUCAAAAGAUGAUGACCAAAAGAACGUUGUUCACAACGAGCAGCCUGGUUCCUCCUUAAGCAACGCAGAUGACAAUGCUGUUUGGCUAGGAGAUUCGGUAAGCUCUAUUGCUCAAAAAAGUGACAUCUCCUCAUCUUCAGGGUCUCUAACGUUAUCUCAUGGAUCCUCUACCACCGAACAAAGGCCUGAGGAGAGCGCUGUGUAUGACCUUUUGAAAGAUGUCGCUCUUAAUCAGAGUAAAAAACAUAGAUCCAAAGGAGGGAAAGCAGUUUCUGUAUUAGUCAUCUCUGGAGGCCAAGGGCAUAGAAGACUGAACAGGAAGUGUAAGCCACAGCGACCAGACGAAUUGGUUUCAUCUGUGAUGAUCUGGCAGAUUCCGCUAUUAAAUAUCUAAAGUCAUGAUACAGUGCAACUCAGCAAAUGACAUCUGCUUUAGCUCCAGAAGUCUAAAGUCAUCGUCAUGAUGUCUCUUUGAAAGAAAAUGGUGGUGAUGAUGUAAUUUCGGAAAAGUUCUAAGCGAAGGCCCACUUUUGUAAAGGUCUACCCGUAUGACUAGUUAUGUAGAUGUCAAUAGGACUGAUUGUUCAGAUAAGAAGACCUCUAAAGAUAUCCUAUGACCUCCCUUUGAGAACUUUGCUGAAAUUGCCUAACUGUAUGUAACAGAAAUAUAACUUUGCUACUACUUCAGUUCAUUUUAAGCUUUUUUUUUUUUACACAAUGUUGCCAUUAUUUAUAUUUCAGUUGUAUGGCCUACAGCCCUAAAUAAGAGUCAAGAAACAAACAGAAUUCCAUUGAUGGACUUUGCUUUCUUAAGAAACUUAUUUUUGCCAAGCAAUAUCAUGCAUGUGCUGCAUGUUUUACCCAAGACUUUUGAGCAAUAACUACUCCAGUAUAGUCUCAAUUUUCAGAAUGCAGAGAUAAUUUGUAAUGUAUUAUCCUCAAGGCAUGCACACAAAAGAUGCAACUUAGUAAAAUAUUUGUUUCACAGAUUUAUACCCCUUUGAAACAAACACUAAUUUUAAGGUCCAGUAUUUAAAUCUGUGCAGAAAAUAAAUGUAAAAAAAUUUGACAUGUAAUGUACGUUUUACACAUUUCUUUUUAGAGCUUUCUUACCAAUUGAUGUUCCUAUGCUGAAUGCAGAUUUUAGUUAAGCAGUAGGUAUAUGUAACAGAUUUUCUUUCAGGGCUUUAAUUAAACAUUCUGUUGCUGGCAAUGGAGUGUUUGCCAUUGAUAUGUAAAUUGUAUAUGUUUGAAAUUGCGGGCAGGGGAAGGAUCGCAGAAAAAAAAAUAAAUGUAACAUGAAGCUUUGGAAAGAAUCGUCUCAAAAGAACGGUAACAUGAAGAGACCAUGAUGACCUCAUAUGGUAAAAUUGAGUUCAGUGCUAUACAAAUUUAUUCAAUGCUUGCCAAAAGUGCACAUUAAUGCAAGGUCUAAGGUCAACUGAUGUUCACUUUAACCAUGACUGUAGGUAAAAUCCACUGCAUAAUAUGUGAGGGAAAGAAGCCUGCCAUAGUGCCAUAUUGCAAAGAAAGAGAAUUUGUUUAACUGGAGCAAGAUGCACCAGUUGCACAUACUCUAUCCUCCACUUUCUUUCAGCUUGAGCAAAUGGAAUCCAAAAAACGGCUAGUCUGCAAAGUCCAACACAGCUAUGAUUUAGCUAACUCAGUCAACAGGUACAUGCCCAGCAUGUUCCAGUUUAAGCUAGGAGCCAUUUUGUCUUCUCUAAUCAACUGCAAGGUGGUGUUGGCAGCCAUUUCUUGAGUUGAGAGCUUUCUUGGAACAUGGAUCUUGCUGGAACUCAAGUUGCAUAGCGAGAAGUGGGGGUUGGCUUGUGAUACUCUAUAAACAACAUAAUGGGUUACUCUUGGAAUUUUGAAAAUGAUUGAACUUGGAGGAAUAGGACAGUAGAGUUUGUGGUUACUUGCAACAAAAUUUCUUCACUAGCUAAGAGUAGUGGGAUUGUGUCCGAUUUGUCCUUGAUGUGGCAUUGUGGUGAGGAAGCACUGUGGUGAGGAAUUCACAUUGGGAAGAUAAAACUUUUCCAGGCAAUUUUAUACCUUUCCGAUCAUCCUGAAGGAGUUAAAGCCUCUUCCUUCCACAUUGUGGUACUCAUCUGACACAUACAUACCAGCAGCUGCUAUUUCCUCUUAAAACAAAACAGGAGAUAAGUUCAUAGAACCUGUGAUGUCACAUCUAGUUCAGCCUCCAGUAUCAGCAAAUAUACUGCCAAAUGAAGAAGGUCGGAAUGUGAGUUCAGUGUUCUUGGUCCUAGAUGCUAAGGGUGUGAGAACCAGUACACUUCUGAAUGCUGGCUGACAAUGUGACAUUUGUGACUGACACACAGUCUCAUCUGUGUAAACUUAAGGGAUCCUAAGUUCAGUCUGAUCUGACCCAGGACACGAUACAAAUGUUAGCAGUUCAAGCAAAAUGUUAUUGAGUCGACAUUCAGGAGCAGACAUGAUCCCUGAGUCCUGUGUUACUGAAUCAAUGGACACAGAUCAAAAAGAGAGCUGGCGGAUUUAUAUGAAAGCUAGAAGUGACCAUAGUAGUUUCAGCCCUGGUUUUUUAGAUCAAUUCCAAAUUAUAUACAACAUCUGCCCAUUCUUUACAUAUGUUUAAAUAAAUUAUGUUGACUUCAGUGCUGUUUGGAAUGCUGCCGCACAUGCUUUUGAAACAUACAAGUUCUGAUCUGAAUCAAGCACUUGCCUUAGGCGCAAUCCAGCAAAGCUCAAUAAUUCCUGAAAUCAACUAAUUUCAAUGGAAUGUAGGCACUUAACUGUUUGCUCCUUGUGUGCUCCCAUUUCUUUGGAAUAUCAUAUGGGAGUGAUUAUUAAUAACACCUAUUAAUAUCAUAUGGGAGUGAUUAUUAAUAACUCCUAUUAAUAACAACUUCUAGCAUGUGAGUCAAGGUUACCACCACCAAAAAAAAUAGUGUAGCUGGUUAAGCUACAAGUCUUACUCACUGACUUUUAUUGCCAUUUGCCAAGAUCCUACGAACUAUUGACUUUGAUGGAGGUUUCAAAAACUAUCUGGGAUAGAGCUUUGGGGACAGCCAUCCAAGUGAAAAAUAUCACUGGGCUCACUUGGCCCUUGACCAGUUCUUUGGAUUCUGCUGUUGAGUACCGCUAAUAAAGUAUAGACCUAUAUACAAAGUAUAUGCUGCUAGAUAUUAUGGAAAAGAAUAGCUUUAAAGUAUUUUACAGACUUGUACAUUAACUGAAAUACUAACUGGUAACCAAGUAAACGAUAAUAUUUGCUUUGUAAUACGUUGCAAAACGAUACCGCAUGGUUUCAGUGUUGGAUACAAGCCAAUGCUGAGGUAUUUCUAGAGUCAACAAAUAUAGCUGAAUGUGUUGCUAGGUGGACCAGAUUUUGGUUCUGAUUCGACUUGGAGAAAGCAGAAGUCUUUACAAAACAGGAGGAAGGGGAACUAAUGUAUAACCACUACAGUUCGUUAAAUAUUUUCUAACCUUAAUAGUAUGAAUGUUAUAACCUGAGCCAUAAAAGUUUGCAUUUAUAUCCAAAAUAAACUCUGAAAAAAUGUUUUGUAAGCACCCUGUGAAUAAACAUGUCUUUAAAGCUGUA